AUGCUUUGUGAAGAAAUGGGUUCAGAACAUAAAUCUUUAUUAUUUUAUACUGAAGUACGUUGGUUAUCCCGAGGAAAAGUGUUGGCUAGAUUGUUUGAACUUCGCAGUGAAGUGCAUCAGUUUUUACUAAAUCAAAAUAUGCCCGAACUCGGCCAGCACUUCGAAGAUAACAGUUGGAUCGCCAAACUUGCAUAUAUGGCUGACAUUUUCGACCAUCUUAAUGAACUUAAUAGAAAAAUGCAAGGUCCGAAUGAAAACUUAUUAACCUGUUCCGACAAAUUGCAAGGGUUCAAAAAUAAACUGGAACUUUGGCAGAAUGAACUAAGUAACAACUCUUUAGAAACGUUUCAAAGGGUUCAUAAUACAAUAAUUGAAAAUAGGCAAUUAAUUAUCGAUCUGGCCCAAUCCCAUUUAACAACACUGGAAAAUAAAUUCGACUACUAUUUUCAUUCGAUUAAAAGUGAAGAAUAUGAUUGGAUUCGCAAUCCUUUUGCAACUAAUGCAAAAAAAUCUGUUGAUGCAUUUUCUCUUAAAUUUAAAGAAGAGUUUAUUGAACUGAGUAACGACGGGACGUUAAAACUACAUUUUGGAGAAGUUCCAUUGGAUGUUUUCUGGAUUUCGGUUAAGAAUGAAUAUCCUCAAAUUUCAAAACAGGCUAGUUCAAUUUUAAUCCCCUUUUCAACAACAUAUUCAUGCGAACAAAGCUUUUCGACACUUGUUUUAAUUCAAAAUGAUAAGCGGUCUUGCUUAAAAAAUCUCGAUCAAGAACUUCGAGUUGCACUAUCAAAUAUCGAGCCCAAUAUAAAAUACUAG